AACCUUUAAGUUAAUCUGAAAUUCAGAUAAGCCUUGAUCCGAGGAUGAUAUAACCACAGCAAGCACCAUGGGAACUUCUAGAGAAAUUAGAAGACUUCAAAAAAUAUGAUGUGAUGUCUCCCAGUGGAGACAGGGCAGGAGGUGCAGGGAAGGGGCGGCGGCCUGAUCCAGGACGACGACGAUGCAAUGUUGAAGAGUAAGUGGGAGGAGAGAAGCAACAGGCACCAUGGAAAAAACCAAAACAAAGCAAGGAGAGAAUGAACAUAUGCCGGUGAAUAAUCCUUCCACACAGAUUUACCAGUUGCAGGCCCUGGCCUCCGAGCUCAAAACUGGUUUCACAGAGGCAAUGCAGGAAUUGUCACGAAUUCAACAUGGAGAAUACGCUUUGGAAGAAAAGGUUAAGAGCUGCAGGUGUUCCAUGGAGGAAAAAGUUACUGAGAUGAAGAAUUCAUUAAACUAUUUCAAGGUAGGUACCUCAUUUAUUUUCCUGCUAAAAGAGAAUGUCGGUCCUUAUUGCUAUGAACUAAAUCUUCUCCUAGUCUGUCUGGUAUUAAGAAGACAACUAGUUUCGUUUUAUCCCUUUCCCAGGAAAGCUCAGAAAGAAGAACAUGGCGCACAGGCCGGGCCUGCCCAAGCACAAGGAAGUCCUUUCCGCUCCAUCAACAUCCCCGAGCCUGUGCUUCCAAGUGAAGACUUCACCAACAUUUUGCCUUCUCAGGCCUACGAGAAAGCCCAAGAGUCCAGAUCGGUUCACGUGGGAGACAGUAAUGUGAAGGGAAUGAUGGGUCCUGGAGUGAACCCAACUACUCCAGAGGCAGAUGAAAACCUCAAGUCUUGUAUCUCAGCUGACAUCCAGGCCAAGGGCCACCUUUCAUCCGGCAUGUGGAGGCAGCCCAAGGACGGCAAAGACUGGGGAGAGGAAUACGUCACAAAGGACCACCCUGAUAAACUGAAGGAAGCCGGCCAGGGGAGACACACUUCCUUGGAGAAUGUUUUAUGUGAAACCUCUUUGGCUGCUAAAAGACAGACUGUGGCUUUAGAACUGCUCGAAUCUGAAAGAAAAUAUGUCAUUAACAUCUCUCUGAUCCUGAAGAUAAAGGCCACCUUCCAGGGGUCAGAUGGAAAGAGGAACUCCAAAGAGAGAAGCCUCUUCCCCGGCUCUUUACGCUACCUUGUCCAGCAGCACCUGGAUUUGCUUCACGCCCUGCAGGAAAGGGUCCUGAAAUGGCCACGCCAAGGAGUCCUUGGAGACUUAUUUCUUAAAUUAACAAAUGAUGAAAAUAAUUUCUUGGAUUAUUAUGUUGCCUACCUGAGGGAUUUGCCUGAAUGCAUCUCUUUGGUUCAUGUAGUUGUUCUGAAGGAGGGUGAUGAAGAGAUUAAAUCUGAUAUCUACACAUUGUUUUUUCACAUAGUCCAACGCAUCCCUGAAUAUCUGAUACAUCUACAGAAUGUCCUGAAGUUCACAGAGCAGGAACACCCUGACUAUUACCUACUGCUGGUGUGUGUUCAGCGCCUUCGAGUAUUUAUAUCACACUACACCUUGUUGUUUCAAUGCAAUGAGGACUUGCUUAUUCAGAAACGGAAAAAGCUCAAGAAGUCAUCCAUGGCAAAGCUGUACAAAGGGCUGGCUUCCCAGUGUGCAAAUGCUGGCCAAGAUGCUUCCCCCACUGCAGGCCCCGAGGCUGUCCGCGACAGUGGGAUCCACUCAGAAGAGAUGCUGCAACCCUACCCUUCUGCUCCCAGUUCUGGCCCUGCUGUCACACACCUGAUGCCGCCGGUGAAGAAAAACCAGCCGCAGCAGAGCCUGAUGGAGAGCAUGCAGCCCGGGAAGCCCGGGGACUGGGAGCUGGAGGCCCGGAAGCACGAGCGGCCCGAGAGCCUGCUGGCGCCGGCGCAGUUCUGCGCGGCGGAGCAGGACGUGAAGGCGCUGCCCGGGCCGCUGCAGGCCAUCCCGGAGAUGGAGUUCGAGCCCUCGCCCGCCGAGCCGCUGGGCAACGUGGAGCGCUCGCUGCGCGGCCCGGCCGAGCUCCUGCCCGACGCGCGCGGCUUCCUGCCCGCGGGCUACGAGGAGUUCGAGUACGGCGGCGAGAUCUUCGCGCUGCCCGCGCCCUACGACGAGGAGCCCUUCCAGGCCCCGGCCCUCUUCGAGAACUGCUCGCCCGCCUCUUCCGAGUCCAGCCUGGACAUCUGCUUCCUGCGGCCCGUCAGCUUCGCCAUGGAGGCCGAGCGGCCGGAGCACCCGCUGCAGCCGCUGGCCAAGAGCGCCACGUCGCCGGCCAGCAGCACCGGCGUCUACAAGCUGGAGGCGGCGGCGCAGGCGCAGGUGGCACCCUCUUGUGUCGGUGUCAGAGUGCCCAGCACCGUGCCGUCCCGCUGCGCCCCGUCCUCCCACCAGGUCAGAUCGUUCCUGCCCGGUCUCCUUUUGACCAGAAAAGGGUAUCGUGUUAAAUUUGCACACUCCGCAGGGAUGAAGGAAAUGCAUUUAGAAGACGCCACCCGCUUCUGUCCGAAGGAAGAAAGAGAAAGUGAACAAACAUCUUUCAGCGAUCAAAAUCCCAGGCAAGACCAGAAAGGGGGCUUUCGCAGCUCCUUCCGCAAGCUCUUUAAAAAGAAGUCCAGUGGAUCAGAAUACAGGGAAAAAACUAAUGAGAACCCCUCAAUGGAUCCUUCACCCACCAAACAAGAUUUCUUCAGAAACCGACUUGCUCUUGCAAAUGACCUUGACCAAGGAACAGCUGUGUAAAACAUACUUAAAGUUGUAUUCUCAAGUGGUAAGAUGAGGAUAAAAAGCUUGUAUAUAUCUGUGUAGGAAUAUAUA